GUUGUCAGACGCCCAUGAGUUGCAUAGCUCUAAAAGCGUGAUCGGGGAAACAAUAUCACGCAGAGUAUGUUUCAGAAUGAAGGUAGCAGGCAAGUCCUUUGCCAACAGUAAGCCAUAUGACCCCAUAAUUAUAAGUUCCAACUUCUUGUCGAAGCCUAUCAAGUCCCAUACAACCUGAUGCAGGGGACUGAGAAAAGCUGUAAUUGGCUCUCCAUCCUUCCGCUUCAUCUCACAUAACCGAAAACACUAGCGUGCUCAGACUUGGCUUAGAACCUCAAGGAGCUCCACACAUCCUUGGUGUCUGCAGCCCUCAAGAGCUUCCAAGUACGCAGCGGUUCAGCCGCUCUAGGGUUAAAUCUACCCAGCCCGAGUCGUCCCACUGUCCCCCCGUGGCCAAGUCCUCUACCACAGACAGCCACCACUCCAAGUUUCGGGAGGCCUCCUUGUCUAUGAUGUAGCAACCCUCGAGGAAGGGUAGCUUGUUCUUGACGCCAUUAAUCGGGGGUUUUCUUUCGUUGGUCUAGUAAGAUCAUCAAAUCAUCCCGAGAAACUUCUCCAAUCAUAUUGGAUGACUCGGAUUUACAAAUCCUCUCCGGCAAGGUCUCGGGCCCCCAAGAUAUCUUAUUCCUCAAGUCUGAAUCUGUGGCCUCACCAGAUCUCUCGAACCCUACUGACCGCCCCUCUAGACUAUACAGACCAAUGUCUAAUAAAACCUAUCGCGCUACACUCAACCGUCUCAGUGCCCGAGCUCUGCAGUAGUUCACGAACAAGAAUCUCCAGAAUCUCUGGUAAAUCGCUCGGAACUAGGCCUUGUAGCGACAAGAUCGUCUACGAGGAUACCCUCCCCGUCGCAGAACAAAAAAAUAAUCAAAUCCUCAGCCGCCCUUCUCAAGACGCGCCUCAGGCGGCCCUCACCCAUGUGCAAAUUACUAAAAAGAACCGAAAACACGAAAAACAAAACAAAAGAUAAAUGAGGUGAAAAAGGCAAGAUUACACCGUCCUAGUGGCACCUCCACGCGCACUCACCUCGCCCGUGACGUCACAGGAACGCCCUCGUCUAGCUGCACUGUCCAACGGUACCCGUGACUCAACCCAGGCAGUCCACUAUGGCGUCACCAGUCCAGCCGCCGACCCACACCAGCCGCGCCGCUCCCGUCACCCAGAUACGCCAGACACCCAUCACCCAGACACCUCAGACACCCGUUACACAGACACCCAUCGGAAUCACACUCAAGGUCUUGGUGCAGCCGCUCGCCCCGUGACCGCUGACGUUGCCUCACCGCGGGUCAAAGGUCAGCAGUGCUAGACGGUAAACAACGCUCCGAACCACACUCGAUAGCUCAAAAAAGGGUGGGUGGGGGGAAGCAUACUGGGAUUUGCUCGCAGAAAUAAAGAUUACGAGAAAAUACACAUUGCAAGAUGUAAUAAACGACCCUUUACAAAUUAGAAAAUGGUAUACAAAUUGAGAUGUCUUAAUAUAUGAGUACAAGAAAAUCACAAAAGCGGUAUAUGCAAUAAAAUAAAUGAAGACACAACGUCCUAGGAUAU